CCCUAAUUGGUUUCUCGCUCUACUGUUUCUCUCUCUCUCCUCUGUGUGUGGGUAUAUAUAUCGACACCCCAAAUUGCGUGUUUGUAUGUGUGAGAGGGUGGAAUAGAGGGAGAGCGCGCCGCACCAUCACGGAAAUCAUAAACCCUAGUGCAGAAUUCGGGUGACUCAGUGAUGGCCGCCGAGUCAACUCAGUUCCAGCAAGCACAGCUGGCGGCGAUUCUGGGGCCGGACCCGGCGCCGUUCGAAACCCUAAUAUCGCAUUUGAUGUCGACUGCCAACGACCAGCGUUCGCAGGCGGAGGGGAUAUUCAACUUGCUCAAGCAGAACGAUCCGAACUCGCUGGCGCUGAAACUUGGGCAUCUCAUAUCGUCAUCCGUUCAUCUGGAGGCGCGGGCGAUGGCGACCAUUCUUCUCAGGAAGCAACUGACUAGGGAUGAUUCGUUCAUCUGGCCACAGCUUACCGAAUCGACGCGGUCCGCUGUGAAGAAUAUUCUUUUAUCGGCAAUCCAGAGCGAGGAAACGAAAUCUGUGAUUAAAAAGCUAUGCGAUACUAUUUCGGAGCUCGCCUCCUCGCUCCUGCCGGAGAAUCAGUGGCCGGAUAUUUUGCCUUUCAUGUUUCAAUGCGUAACCUCCAGUUCCCCUAAAUUGCAGGAAGCGGCUUUUCUGAUUUUCUCUCAAUUGGCUCAAUAUAUAGGAGAAACGCUGGUUCCUUAUAUCAAGGAUUUGCAUUCGGUGUUUCUGAAUGUAUUGAAUAAUUCCACAAAUCCGGAUGUGAAGAUUGCCGCUUUGAGUGCGGUUAUUAAUUUUAUUCAGUGCCUGUCGAGCUCUAAUGAUCGUGAUAGGUUCCAGGAUUUAUUGCCAUCGAUGAUGAGGACUUUGACGGAGGCCCUGAAUUCAGGGCAGGAGGCAACAGCGCAGGAAGCUUUGGAGUUGAUGAUAGAGCUGGCAGGGACAGAGCCCAGGUUUUUACGAAGGCAGAUUGUGGAUGUUGUGGGGGCUAUGUUGCAGAUUGCCGAGGCUGAGAGGUUGGAGGAAGGAACUCGGCAUUUGGCUAUUGAAUUUGUCAUCACACUUGCAGAAGCACGUGAGAGAGCACCGGGGAUGAUGCGGAAGCUGCCACAGUUCAUCAGCAGGCUAUUUGCUAUCUUGAUGAAGAUGCUUUUAGAUGUGGAGGAUGAUCCUGCUUGGCAUAGUGCAGAGACGAAGGACGAAGAUGCAGGAGAGACGAGUAAUUACAGUGUUGGCCAGGAGUGCCUGGAUAGGCUUGCAAUCUCCCUUGGUGGGAACACCAUAGUGCCAGUGGCAUCUGAGCAGUUGCCGGCGUAUCUGUCUGCUCCUGAGUGGCAGAAGCAUCAUGCAGCCCUCAUUGCCCUUGCACAAAUUGCCGAGGGUUGCUCAAAGGUUAUGAUUAAGAAUUUAGAGCACGUGGUGAGCAUGGUUUUGAAUUCCUUUCAACAUCCUCAUCCUCGUGUCAGAUGGGCAGCUAUAAAUGCUAUUGGUCAGCUUUCAACUGAUUUGGGCCCAGAUUUGCAAGUUCAGUACCAUCAACAAGUGUUGCCGGCUCUAGCUGCAGCUAUGGAUGAUAUCCAGAAUCCUCGAGUGCAGGCACAUGCAGCUUCUGCUGUACUCAACUUCAGCGAAAACUGCACCCCCGAAAUUUUGACACCUUACUUAGAUGGGAUAGUGCAUAAACUGCUUCUGUUAUUGCAGAACUCCAAACAAAUGGUGCAGGAGGGUGCCUUAACUGCUUUAGCUUCUGUUGCCGAUUCAUCUCAGGAACAUUUCCAGAAAUAUUAUGAUGCGGUAAUGCCCUACUUGAAAGCUAUCUUGGUGAAUGCAACAGAUAAGUCCAACCGCAUGCUACGGGCGAAAGCAAUGGAAUGUAUCAGUUUAGUUGGGAUGGCAGUAGGAAAGGAUAAAUUUAAGGAGGAUGCUAAGCAGGUCAUGGAAGUGCUUAUGUCCUUGCAAGGAUCACAGAUGGAGACUGAUGAUCCUACUACUAGCUACAUGUUACAAGCGUGGGCAAGGCUUUGCAAGUGCUUGGGCCAGGAUUUUUUGCCUUACAUGAAUGUGGUCAUGCCUCCUUUGCUUCAAUCUGCUCAGCUGAAGCCUGAUGUGACAAUCACAUCUGCUGAUUCAGAUGUUGAAAUUGAUGAUUCUGAUGAUGAAAGUAUGGAAACCAUCACUCUUGGUGAUAAAAGGAUUGGGAUUAAGACCAGUGUUCUUGAAGAAAAGGCCACUGCAUGCAACAUGCUAUGUUGCUAUGCUGAUGAGCUGAAGGAAGGUUUCUACCCAUGGAUUGAUCAGGUUGCCCCAACACUGGUUCCCCUUUUGAAAUUUUAUUUCCAUGAAGAAGUGAGGAGAGCUGCUGUUUCAGCCAUGCCGGAGCUAUUGCGGUCUGCAAAAUUGGCUGUGGAGAAAGGGAUUGCUCAGGGACGUAAUGAGACAUAUGUAAAGCAGUUGUCCGACUAUGUUGUUCCUGCUUUAGUGGAAGCUUUACACAAGGAGCCUGAUAUUGAGAUAAUUGCCAGCAUGUUGGAUGCACUUAAUGAAUGCUUGCAGGUGUCUGGUCAGCUUCUCGAUGAGAGUCAGGUGAGGAGCAUAGUUGAUGAGAUAAAACAGGUGAUUACUGCAAGCUCAAGUAGGAAACGAGAGAGAGCUGAAAGGACCAAGGCUGAAGAUUUUGAUGCUGAAGAGGGAGAAUUGCUUAAAGAAGAAAAUGAGCAGGAAGAAGAAGUGUUUGACCAAGUGGGUGAGAUCUUGGGUACCGUGAUCAAAACAUUCAAGACCUCUUUCAUGCCUUUUUUCGAUGAAUUGUCAUCAUACUUGAUGCCGAUGUGGGGAAAAGAUAAGACAGCUGAAGAGAGAAGGAUUGCUAUUUGCAUCUUUGAUGAUGUUGCAGAGCAAUGUCGUGAAGCUGCAGUGAAGUAUUAUGAUACCUAUCUUCCUUUCCUCUUGGAGGCAUGCAAUGAUGAGAACCCAGAUGUUCGACAGGCUGCUGUCUAUGGUCUUGGUGUAUGUGCAGAAUUUGGUGGUACUGCAUUUAAACCACUUGUUGGAGAGGCUCUUUCAAGGCUGAAUUUUGUUAUUGGGCAUCCCAACGCCAAGCAGUCAGAAAAUGUGAUGGCAUAUGAUAAUGCGGUUUCAGCUUUGGGAAAGAUUUGUCAGUUUCAUCGUGACAGUAUUGAUUCAACUCAGGUGGUUCCUGCCUGGCUAAGUUGCCUACCUCUAAAGGGUGAUCUUAUUGAAGCAAAAGUUGUUCAUGACCAGCUUUGCUCUAUGGUUGAGAGGUCUGAUAGGGAGCUUUUGGGCCCAAACAAUCAAUAUCUUCCUAAAAUUGUGUCUGUUUUUGCCGAGGUUCUUUGUGCUGGCAAGGACCUUGCUACAGACCAAACUGCUAGUCGAAUGGUUAGUUUAUUGAGGCAGCUACAACAGACACUGCCUCCAGCCACCCUUGCCUCUACAUUAUCAUCUUUGCAGCCUCAGCAGCAGCUAGCAUUGCAGUCCAUUUUGUCAUCAUAAUGCUGAUGGUUGAGAAGGACGUCUCAUUGAUAUUGGUGUUGGUUGUGUGCCGUCGAUUUUCCCCAAUCAUACAUUUGUUCCUCAAUUCUUCCAGUAGAGUCGUCAAAGCAUUUAUUGGCAUAUGGUUCAUGCAGCACCCUGGUGGUUGUGUCAGUCCGAGUCUAAAAGCAUUGUGUGGAUAGAUAUUAUAGUUCUGUAUAAUGUGUAUAAAGCAUUUCUGGACUGUUAUUUCCAGCCAGAUGGGAAAUGAAAUUUUGGGUGGGGGUGGGGGUGGGGGGAUGGUUGUUUUGUUUUGUGGGAGUUAAGAGGGCCCUGAAGGUUGGGGUUUUCUGUGAUAUUUGGGGUUUGCCAGAGAGGCAAUACCUGUUGCAGUUUUGAUCCAGUAUGUGCUCUUUUACAGCACAAGGAUUUGGACAUAAAUGUAUUUCUUGUCAGUUUUGAUAAGUGGUUAACAUUGCGUUGAACGA